GCAGUGUUGGACACACAGCCAGUGCUCAGCCCACAUUCAUUUUGCUGAGUGCCUGUGAUUUCACGUAUUUUUGCCGAAUUUGUAAAAGAGACACUUGGAUGGUGGAUUAACGAGAACACUAACAUUCUGUGACAAGUUUCAAAUUGGAGAAUAUUGAAUUUUCACCCUAGUCCAGCAGCUCUGCUGCUCACAUAAAUACAGAUGAAUGAAGACCCCAUUUGGAAAGACACCUGGCCAGCGGUCCAGAGCUGAUGCAGGCCAUGCUGGAGUGUCUGCAAACAUGAUGAAGAAGAGGACGUCUCACAAAAAACAUCGGAGCAGCGUGGGGCCAAGCAAGCCUGUGUCCCAGCCCCGGCGGAACAUCGUAGGCUGCAGGAUUCAGCAUGGGUGGAAGGAGGGGACUGGCCCUGUCACCCAGUGGAAAGGAACCGUUCUGGACCAGGUGCCUGUAAACCCUUCCUUGUAUCUUAUAAAAUACGAUGGAUUUGACUGUGUUUAUGGACUAGAACUGAAUAAAGAUGAAAGAGUUUCUGCGCUCGAAGUCCUCCCUGAUAGAGUCGCCACGUCUCGGAUCAGCGAUGCACACUUGGCGGACACGAUGAUUGGCAAGGCGGUGGAGCACAUGUUCGAGACAGAGGAUGGCUCUAAAGAUGAGUGGAGGGGGAUGGUCUUAGCACGCGCACCUGUCAUGAACACGUGGUUUUACAUCACUUACGAGAAAGACCCUGUCCUGUACAUGUACCAGCUCUUGGACGACUACAAAGAAGGCGACCUGCGCAUCAUGCCGGAUUCCAAUGACUCGCCUCCAGCGGAAAGGGAGCCAGGAGAGGUUGUGGACAGCCUAGUCGGCAAACAGGUGGAAUACGCCAAAGAAGAUGGCUCGAAAAGGACUGGCAUGGUCAUCCAUCAGGUGGAGGCCAAGCCCUCUGUCUACUUCAUCAAGUUUGAUGACGAUUUCCAUAUUUACGUCUACGACUUGGUGAAAACAUCCUAGGUGUCAUCACGGACUCUGCCAAAUUUGUGGAACUAUUAAAUGUAUAAUUUGUAGACAUGAAGACUUGAUUGCUUUCCAGUUUAA